AUGAAGUGCAAUCCCCUGCUCGCCGGCGUUUUCGCCUUGCAGGCAACCGCCUUCCCCUUCGUCUUGAUGGAAAGAGCUGUCGAAGGGAUGAAAGAGGCCGCAAAUCAACAUGAAGAACGCCAGAUCGGCGGUCUUGUCCCGGCGAACAACCCAGCCUCUGCUGCUGCCGUACAGUUCAGCAAAAGCCGUUCAAACUGUGGUAUCGUACCAUGUACCGGAUUCGACCCAUCCCCUGCGACCGCCUGCCCUCUUGGUGUGUGCAGCCCUGGACAACUCGUCUCAACCACCGGCGACCAUGCGUAUGCCAGCCCGUUGCCGAACGAAAUCCGUGGUCCCUGCCCGGGCCUCAAUGCAGCGGUUCGUAUCUCUCACCCCAUCAGUAUCCACGACCUUCGGUACUGACCGAAGCGCAGGCCAACCAUGCAUAUAUCCCACGUAGCGGGGUCCUUUCCAUUACUCAGACGAUCGAAGGCCUUGCUUGGGCCUACAAUUUUGGCCCCGACUUCAGCGCGUAAGUUCAAUGUGCCUAGCGGACGCGGCAUGCAACUGACGCGCUCCAGGUUCUUGGCCGCCUACGCUGUCCUCACCGACGGUGAUCCAAUCGCCGGAACUUGGUCCAUUGGCGGUCCAUACCAAAGAGCUAGUAUCUUGGAAGGCACGCCGCAAGGAAUCAGUUACUCGCACAACAUCUAUGAAGCAGACGUUUCCAUCGGCCGUGCUGAUGCAUACAUUUCUUCCAAAUAUGGUCUGGCGCCGGGCGAUGCUCACAGCUUGGUGAUCUCGAGGUUUCAGUCAGCCUAUGAUGCCACCAACCUCAAAGUCAAUGGUGUCGGACCAGCUGACCGAUACACUCUGGACGCCUUUGCCCAGAACUUUGGCUCAAAGCUCAACGAGUCCAUUGCUACUAACCCAUAUUUCUUCUCGGCUCCUUUCGCCGGAUUGGUUGCACCAGCAGCGUGAGUAUCCGCGGUGAUUGUGAAAAUCUUUGAACGCUUGCUGACUUGAGGUCACCGACAGGUACAACUUCGUCAUCAAUUUCGUAAGUUUAUUCUCGUUGCGAGUGGUCACCACGGCAAGAUCUCAGCUAACCUACUCAGAUGAGCAACCGAACUGCUACUGAGAAUUCAGGCUACCUUGAUGGCGCCAUGUUCAAGGUGAGAGCUUGCACACUGCGUUUUGGACUCGUCAAUGGCUGAUUUUGAAUUCAAGAAAUUCUUCGCCGUCUCGGGCAACUCGGGCAACUUCAAAUGGAACCGUGGCCAAGAGCGUAUCCCCGACAACUGGUACAAGCGCACAUCAACGAACCAGUACGACGCCGCCGAGGGUGUCGCCGACGUGGUUGCACAAUAUCUCGCGUACCCGUACGAAGCGAAGUUUGGAGGAAAUACCGGUCGUGUAGUACGUUCAGACUCUGCUGGGAGGCGCGCGCAAAUUGCUGACGAAACAAUGCAGAACACCUUUACCGGCCUCGACCUGGGCAACACGUUCACAAGCGGCAAUCCCGGAAACCUGCUUGAAGGGAACAACCUGCAGUGCUUCUUCUUCAAUGCCGCUCAGGCUGGAAUUCCAGAUUUCGCCGGCGACGUUCUCAACGCGGCCAACGCGAUUGUUGCCAAGUACAUCUCGUCCGUACCGGCUUUCGCGGGAUGCCCUCAGCUGGGCAGUUUCAACCAGGGUGUCUUCAGCAAGUACCCAGGAGCAAAGUAUCAGCCCAACGGACCAGCUCAGAACUACUAG